CUGUGCUGACAUCAAACCAGGCAAUAAAGAAUGCUGACAGAAGAACCAGUUUCCUAAUUUCAAAUUCUUGAGCCAGUUGCCAUGAUGGAUGAUCAACAGGCUUUGAACUCAAUCAUGCAAGAUUUGGCCGUCCUUCAUAAAGCCAGUCGGCCAGCACUGUCGCUGCAAGAAACCAGAAAGACAAAAUCUUCCUCACCAAAAAAACAGAAUGAUGUCCGAGUCAAAUUUGAACAUAGAGGAGAAAAAAGAAUCCUUCAAUUCCCCAGACCAGUUAAACUGGAAGAUCUGAGGUCUAAAGCUAAAAUUGCCUUUGGACAAUCUAUGGACCUACAUUACACCAAUAAUGAGUUAGUAAUUCCAUUAACUACCCAAGAUGACUUGGACAAAGCUGUGGAACUGCUGGAUCGCAGUAUUCAUAUGAAGAGCCUCAAAAUAUUACUUGUGACAAAUGGUAAUCCACAGGUUACUAAUCUAGAACCUUUGCCAUCACUAGAAGAUUUGGAUAAUACAGUAUUUGGAGCAGAGAGGAAAAAACGGCUUUCUGUAAUAGGUUCCACUAGUAGAGACAGAAGUUCCCCUCCCCCAGGAUACAUUCCAGAUGAAUUACACCAGGUUGCCCGGAAUGGCUCAUUCACUAGCAUCAACAGCGAAGGAGAAUUCAUUCCAGAGAGCAUGGACCAAAUGCUGGAUCCCUUAUCUUUAAGCAGCCCUGAAAAUUCUGGCUCAGGGAGUUGUCCGUCACUUGACAGUCCUUUGGAUGGAGAGAGCUAUCCAAAAUCACGAAUGCCUAGGGCACAGAGCUACCCAGAUAAUCAUCAGGAAUUUUCAGAUUAUGAUAACCCCAUCUUUGAGAAAUUUGGAAAAGGAGGAACAUAUCCAAGAAGGUAUCAUAUUUCAUAUCACCACCAAGAGUAUAAUGAUGGCCGUAAAACUUUCCCCAGAGCCAGAAGGACCCAGGGGACCAGCUUCCGCUCUCCUGUGAGCUUCAGUCCUACCGACCACUCCCUAAGUACCAGCAGCGGCAGCAGUGUCUUCACUGUGGACUACGACGACAGCCGAGUGAGAAGAAGGGGAAGUGACAUAGAGAACCCUACUCUGACUGUGAUGGACAUCAGCCCCCCUAGCCGUUCACCUCGAGCUCCAACCAACUGGAGAUUGGGCAAACUGCUUGGCCAAGGAGCUUUUGGCAGGGUCUACCUCUGUUACGAUGUCGACACCGGAAGAGAAUUGGCUGUUAAGCAAGUUCAGUUUGACCCUGAGAGCCCUGAGACCAGCAAGGAAGUAAAUGCACUUGAAUGUGAAAUUCAGCUGCUGAAGAACUUGCUGCAUGAGCGAAUUGUUCAAUACUAUGGCUGUUUGAGGGACCCCCAGGAAAAAACACUUUCCAUAUUUAUGGAGUAUAUGCCAGGGGGUUCAAUUAAGGACCAGUUGAAAGCGUAUGGAGCUCUCACUGAGAGUGUGACAAGAAAAUACACCCGCCAGAUUUUAGAGGGCGUCCAUUAUUUGCACAGUAAUAUGAUUGUCCAUAGAGAUAUCAAAGGUGCAAAUAUCCUGCGAGAUUCAACAGGCAAUGUCAAACUAGGAGAUUUUGGGGCCAGCAAGCGGCUUCAGACCAUCUGUCUCUCGGGCACGGGAAUGAAGUCCGUCACGGGCACACCCUACUGGAUGAGUCCUGAAGUCAUCAGCGGAGAAGGCUAUGGCAGGAAGGCGGACAUCUGGAGUGUAGCAUGUACUGUGGUAGAAAUGUUAACUGAGAAGCCACCAUGGGCUGAAUUUGAAGCAAUGGCUGCCAUCUUUAAAAUUGCGACUCAGCCAACAAACCCGAAACUGCCACCUCAUGUCUCCGACUACACUCGGGAUUUCCUCAAACGGAUUUUUGUAGAGGCCAAACUGAGACCUUCCGCAGACGAACUCCUCAGGCACAUGUUUGUGCAUUAUCACUAGCAGCCAGUAACCUUUCCUGUGCCUCUACCCAGCUCCCGUCUGUUCAUUCGCCUCUCUCUGACUGCACUUUGCUUUUUUAUACUAAAGAGAGAUGGGGAGAAAAAAGACAAGAGGGAAAGUAUUUCUCUUGAUUCUCGGUUAAAUUUGUUUAAUAAUAAUAGUAACCUAAAUUUUUUAUAUUUAAUCUUUUUUUUUUCCUUACAAGAACUUGAAAUUUCCUUUUUUUGCGCUUUUGGUUUUAUUUUUAGUUUUUGUAAUGUACUGAUGUGGUUCAGAGAGAUAAAGCACUUUAGUACAUAGUCACUCUUUUUAGUGUCAACAAAUCAUUUGGAAUACAUAAAGACUGUAGAGUCUCUCCCUGUAUCAUGGACAUCUUGGUGAUGAAGAGACAUGGGAAAUGAAGAGAAGAAAAUAACGUGUAAUGUGUAGUUUUUAGUCCUAGUAUUUAAAAUAGAUCCUCAUUUGUAGGGUUGAGCCCUAAACUAGCCUUUAGGGUAGGUACUCAGCUUAAAGAAUAUAGGUUUCUUCUUGUGUCUCUAUUCUUUAGAUCCUAACCUCUGUCUACCAAGCUUUUUGCUCAGUAGGAACCUUGUUAGAAGAGAAGAAUCUCUAAGAGGUAUGUUUAUUUGUUAAUCUUAACCAGUAUAAUCAGCAAAUAUACUAUAGUAGAUCCAUGGUACUGGAAUUUAUAAACCUUGAGGGAAAGCUUUCUGCUUAAAAGGAUAUAAUUUUGAAGAAAUGUGGGAAUUCAGUGAACAACAAAUUCAAAUAAAUGACAAGUG